GGCCAGAGGGGACCGCAGGCCAUGCCUGCUUGGGUCAGCGGUGAGGGGGCCGUCCUCGCUUCUUCCGGGGCCCGCAGCCCAACAGAGUGACGACGCUGGGAGAGUACACACCCCUCCACCUGACCGAGGCCUGACAGCUCCUCCCAUGGGGCCGAGCCAGUUCCACGGCCCGGCUCAGGUUCCUGUGUGGCUGGGACGUGUCGCUGCACCCUGGGCGCUGGACAGGGCAUGUCCUUAUCUCUGAGGGUGGCCGAGCCCCGCCAGAUGGCUUAGUGGGGAGCAGGGCCCCUCAGGUCCAGCUUCUUUGCUGUUGGAAGUGAUCCUGAUGACUUUUUGUCUCAGAUAUGUGAUUGGCCGAGAGGAUCGUGUGAACAGUGAAAAGAUUAAAUACGAUUUGUUUGAUUUUUAACUUUAGGGAGCUUUUUUGCCUUAGGUGUUUUAUGCAAUCUCUCAGAAGUCCCUCUCGGACUGUUUGGCUUUCGGUGCUGAGGUUGCAGGAAUUGAGUGUAUGGUGCAGGUGUGCAGUGGGGGGAGUUUUGGUGGGGGAGCUCCUGUUGUUAGCGAAGUGCAACUGAAGUGCUGUGCCCGGAGCAGCCGGGUGCCCCGCUCAUGAGCCACGCAUGUGACCUGGGCGGGCGAUGAAGCUCGUAGAGGAUGUAAUGAGCCACCCAUCCCCUUGCAGAAGCGCCUGGAAAGGGCACAUCCAGGACCCUGCCAGCCAGCGGUUGACGUGGAACAAGUCCCCAAAGAGUGUUCUUGUCAUCAAGAAGAUCCGGGACGCCAGCCUGCUGCAGCCUUUCAAGGAGCUCUGCGUGUACCUGAUGGAGGAGAACAACAUGAUUGUAUACGUGGAGAAGAAAGUUCUAGAAGAUCCUGCCAUAGUGAGCGAUGACAACUUUGGACCAGUGAAGAAGAAGUUCUGCACCUUCAGAGAAGAUUAUGAUGACAUUUCCAAUCAGAUCGACUUCAUCAUCUGCCUGGGAGGGGAUGGGACCCUGCUUUACGCCUCCUCCCUUUUCCAGGGCAGCGUGCCUCCGGUCAUGGCCUUCCACCUGGGCUCCCUGGGCUUCCUGACCCCUUUCAACUUUGAGAACUUUCAGUCCCAAGUUACUCAGGUGAUACAGGGCAAUGCAGCUGUUGUUCUUCGGAGCCGUCUGAAAGUCAAGGUCGUGAAGGAGCUCAGAGGGAAGAAGAUGGCCGUCCCCAACGGGAUCAGCGAGAACGGAGUGCUGGCCGCCGACCUGGAUGCGGAGCUUGGGAAGCAGGUCAUGCAGUACCAGGUCCUGAACGAGGUGGUGAUCGACAGAGGCCCUUCCUCGUACCUGUCCAAUGUGGAUGUCUACCUGGACGGGCACCUCAUCACCACGGUGCAGGGUGACGGGGUGAUCGUCUCCACCCCGACGGGCAGCACGGCGUACGCAGCCGCCGCCGGGGCCUCCAUGAUCCACCCCAACGUGCCGGCCAUCAUGAUCACGCCCAUCUGCCCCCACUCGCUGUCAUUCCGGCCCAUCGUGGUCCCCGCGGGGGUCGAGCUGAAGAUCAUGCUGUCCCCAGAAGCAAGAAACACCGCGUGGGUGUCCUUCGACGGACGGAAGAGACAGGAGAUCCGUCAUGGAGACAGCAUCAGCAUCACUACCUCUUGCUACCCACUUCCCUCCAUCUGCGUCCGGGACCCCGUGAGUGACUGGUUCGAGAGCCUGGCGCAGUGUCUGCACUGGAAUGUGCGGAAGAAGCAGGCACACUUCACGGACGAGGAGGAGGAGGAGGAGGAGGAGGAGGAGGAGGAGGGGGAGGGCCAGGCCUGAGCUGCUGUCCGCACCCGGGACCCAGAGUCCCAACGCUGCUCCGCUGCCUCCCUGCCACCCCCCCUCCGGGCCGGGCUGUGCGCCCCGCUCAGCUGUCACAGGUCUCGGCGCUUUCCUUUGUAGCCAGAGGAGGAGCCGGGAUCUGCCUUUUGUCGACCAGAUCAGCUGUUUUUAACAUUUUAAAUCUGACUCCUUUUUUGCAUUUCUGAACAAGAAAACUGGCGGCGGGGACUCUGAAGCGGACGCCGUGCUGUGUGGCCCGGCAGAGCCUGGGUCCCGGCGCAGGGACGCCCAGCUGGCUGUGCUUUUUGUACUUUCUUGUCAGGAAAUUUGUGCUUAAAUCAGUCUGUUGAAAUUCGGAGGGGAUCAGAAUGGAUGGAUCUGUCUUUCCGUGUCGAAAAUAAAUGUCUCGUAGCCAAAAACCUCACUUUAAGCUACUACGAUUUCCCCCUUAAAUCCUGCACCUUUUCCGCCGAAAGGACUCGGAGGAGAUGCUUCUGCAGAGAGCGGUUUGGUAUUCGAUCGGCUGACGGGCGGAGGGUCGCCCCUCCCUCCUGCACCUCAUCUGGGCCCCCAGCACCCCCUGCUCCCUGCUGUGGGGUGACAGGAGCCGGCGGGGCGCCCCGGAAAGUAUUUGCAAUCCUGUGUCUACUUCAUAGAGAUUAAGCUUUCCGAACUGCUGUGUGUGGAUUCUGUCGAACACGCUGAACAUUUCAGAGGCAAGGGGGUUCGUACUGUUGGGAAGUGGAGCUUCGUUCCGGUGUUUACCCGUGUCCUGUGUGACGCAGUGUGCUGGGACCACUGUGUUCGGCAUCGUCGCCGCAGAGGCGACGGUCCAGGAGUGAAGGUGCUUCUCCCUGGGGAGCCGCCGGUCAGGAGGAAGGAGGUGGCGGGACGUCCUGUGUCCUUUCAGCUCUUGCUUCUCCCCGUGGGUCUUGGGCUUCCGAGGAAGCUGCCAGCAUUCCGGUGGCCCCUCCGGCCCCUGCUGGUGGCUGCCUGGCAGACGUCCCCAUGCGGCCGUCUGUUUCUGAGUGACUGAUUUCUUUCUGAGCUGCAUUUUUAAUCUGUUAAGGUGGCAAGAACAGAAGAGACAGGGCUGUGCCUUGCUCUCCGGGAGAGUCAUGUGCCUCAUUCUGGAGCUUUCUAGAAAGGCUCUGGGGCCGUGUGUGCCGCCACCCUUGGCCAGGGGUCUCUGCACGGCGGGCUGUGUGGCUGAGCGCUGUCUCCUGCGUCCGCGCCUCAGCGUCUGUGGUGCUCGGCCGUCGGCGUGGGACUGCGAAGUGGGCCCUCACCACCAUCUGCCCACAGGCACGGGGCGCGGCUGGAGGCCCGCCGCCUGGUCCCCCUGGAGCAGAGGGCCAGGUCCAAAAGAGGGUGGCGUUCGGAAUUCAGGUCAUUCGUGUAGACAAAAUGAAAGCAAGUCUGAAAGGGGCAUGAUUUGGAAUGAUCUAGAAAACUUUGGAUUUUUUGAAGAAAAUUCUUAAUGUUUCAUAUUGUUAAUACCUUGAAAAUUUGUUAAAUGUCAAAAGCCUUAUUACUAUUUUCAGAUUCUUUCAAUAAACAGACUUGUUUAAAAAGUUGGA